CCCAGCACAGUACGCCACAUCUAGCUCCAGAGGCAGAGGUCUUUCCUAGAUGUCUGCACUGAAAGCAGUAUUAGCUUAAAGACAGGAGAAAAUUGAUUUGUGAAAUGGAAAUUGUUUUGAAUUUAAAUCUUAUCACACACAAACUGGAGUUAAACAAAGAACAGUGAUUGUGUUCCCUUUAAGUUUGAGGACACCAGUCUUCACAAUGGGACAAUUAAGGAUUCUACUGGUUAUUUUAUAUUUUGCCAGCCACUCCCGGGUAUCUAACACAUACUCUAAUACAACCUGGAACAGACAGAAGAUCCCAAUACUCCUUCCUCAAGAAACAGUGAAGCUAGGCAAACCGCGAUUUUCUGCCAAAGCCAGACCGGACCUGAUAACCCACUGCAAUGCAGAGUGCCUGUGGAGAGAAGCUCACUCAUCCUUAGAGGACUUGAAGGAAAAUCUCUCUUUUGAAACAAUUUACACCAAUGGCACUCGAACCCUUACCAAGGUAGAUAUCUCUGGCUUUGACUCCGACUCCCUGCUCUCCGAAAAGCACACCCCACGGCAGUCACGGUCCCGGCACAAGCGACAGAUCUUUGGGGCGGAUGGCAGGUUCGAUAUUCGUGGAAAAAAGUUCCUGCUCAACUUCCCAUUUUCUACAACAGUGAAGAUCUCCACUGGGUGCACAGGUAUCCUGGUGUCAGAGAGACACGUGUUAACUGCAGCACAUUGUAUCCACGAUGGGAAGGAUUAUGUCAAAGGAGCAAAAAAGUUAAAGGUUGGGUUUUUAAUAGAGAAUCUGAAAACCCAGUUGCCAAAAAGCUCGAAGCUUCCACCAAAACUCUUGACAAGGUGGUCACGGGUCAAACGCACACAGGUUCCAAGGGGCUGGAUACGAUCUCAGAAUGAACUCAGUAUGGACUAUGACUAUGCGUUGUUGGAACUGAAGAGGCCACAUAAUAAGCCAUACAUGGAGUUUACAGUUAUGCCAUCUUCAGCCCAAGUGGCUGGCAAUAGAAUUCACUUUUCUGGAUUUGAUAGUGACAGGCCUGGGCAACUGGUGUAUCGAUUUUGCUCAAUCAUCAAUGAGACACCUCAUCUUAUUUACCAGCACUGUGAUGCCCAACCGGGUUCUAGUGGUUCUGGUGUGUAUGCCAAGUUGUGGUUGCCAGAGAAACAUGAAUGGGAAAGGAAAAUUGUUGGAAUAUUUUCAGGCCAUCAGUGGGUGGACCUCAACGGGGUGCAGCAAGAUUACAACGUGGCAGUCCGAAUCACACCGCUGAAGUAUGCACAAAUCUGUUAUUGGAUCAAAGGGAAUUACAGCGAAUGUUACUCCAAUUGAAACCUUUCAAAAAGCAUUGCAAGGAAAAGCAAAUGCCUCUUCCAUUUUAAACAAUUUCAUUCCCUACACAUUGGUUUGUUAAAGAAGAGGUGUUGUACAAGAAUACAGAGGGUUGGGCCUACCCCAAAUUCAUUCCUCAGUAAUGGAGGUUGCAGCUGAGGUUGGGGAAUUUUACAACAAGUCUUGGUAUGUCCAGGGUAAGGUUGCCAAGUUCAAAAGUAAACAGCUUGGGAUGGAAGAAAAUCCACAGUCAAGUUCUCACAGUAUUUCCAGUUGAUAACAGCAAUUUAUUGAAAACUGAUGUUAUGUAAUAAAUACUAAUUAAGUGAAAUUCAUUUUAAAUUUCAAACAUUUGUUAGUGGUGAGUUUUUGAAACAAAUAUUUGAAAAUCUUUAAAAACUUUCCUAGAGUAACCAAGGUUGUCUGGUUAAAGAUUCUAAUUAAUAGCAACCCUUGCCAUAGAAAACCUUUUGGCUGAAGAUAUCCUUUUCACCCACCCCCACCCCCAAUAGUUCAUACACUGGUGGGGUCUGGUUACAGGGAACAUUUCUUUUUCUAAUUUGCACAGACUUUAUGAAGUAAAUCCAUGAGGAGAUGGAGAAAAGGAAAAUAUAUACAGGUGUUUUUAGAAAAUGCAUCACCAACUCACUUCCAAGACCAUUUUCCCCAGUGCCAUUUAUUAAGUCAUGCCCUUUUCUCCCCUCAAAUUCCCUUAAGAGAAGUUGUCAUCUUCCAACUGUUCCAUGGUGUAACAAGAGACAACUAUCAAAGUUGACAAUAUUAUAUUUGAAAAGAGAACCUGCUUCAAUUUGGUCAAAAUCCCCAUUAGCAUUUAAAAGCCGCUUUAAUAGCUACAGUUUCCAAACCUUCAGGCAAUACAGGAUGAUAUAGAAAGAAGAGUUAACAACAGUUGAAAACAGAACUUCAGAGAUAUACCAAAAUCCACAAGGUGGAAGUAUUUGUGGGGAGGAAGGAAAGGGGUGGUUCCUGUAUUUGACUCUUCUGAAUUCUAAAAAUUAAGAUCAUGGAAACGAGCAGCAAUAGCAAACUGGUGUUACCUGAAAUUUUCGGCAGUCCUACCUGCUUCCCCGUAGGCACUUACUAUCAUCUCUAUGGGGUCCAUCAGAUCCCUAAAGGCCAGAUUCCUCCAGCAGCAAGUUGUGGGAGAUGUCUGCUGUUGGCCGAGUGGCCUUAGUGAAAAAAAGACUGUUUUUAUUAUCUUGCCAAGUUUUUUUUUUAAACAACAAUGGUUGACUGUGACUCAAUUUAAUGGGCUACCAUCUGCAUCACUGAUGAUGUAAGGUAAUGAAUAUCUUAUUAGGUUGCCUGACCCCUGCAAUUCUCACUGAUUCUGAACAAUCGCAUCUCUACUCUGCCAUCACUACAGUGAAGAAGCUGUAUAGAGGCAACUGAAUUUCUUUGGUGCUCUCAUUUUCCCACAUGCAAAUUCAAAUGGACAGCCUAAACCCUCGCUGUACAAUGCCUAGAGAAAGAGUGCGCCACUCUAAUACUGCUCACUCACAGUAUGGAGAAGGGCCACAGAGAAACACCAUCUGAAUUCCCUCUUCACUUUACCUACAGAGGUAAGGCUAAGUCUUCCAAAACAUGAUGAAUACGAUUUUCUGCUCAUCAACAAGUGACAUUUUUGUUUAACCCAUAUAUUCAAAGUUCAAAGUAAAUGUAUUAUCAAAGUACAUUUUCAUAGAACAAAGAAAUUCAAUAGAGUAAAUGAAAAACUACACACAAAGACUGACAAGCAACCAAUAUGCAAGAGACAAAAUGUGCAAGUACAAAUAAAAACAAAUAAUAAUAAUAAUUAAUCAAUAGCACUGAGAACACGUAUUGUAGAGUUCUUGAAAGUGAGUCCAUAGGUUGUGUCCCGCGGUCAGUUCAGUGUUGAGGUGAGUGAAGUUAUCUGUGCUGGUUCAGGAGCCUGAUGGUUGACGGGUAAUAACUAUUACGGAAUCUGGUACUUUGUGGUAUAUUGUCAGAGAAGGGGAAAGGAGAAAGGGGAAAACUAGAUUUAAACUAACAGGGCUACUGUUUUUAAUUAAGCUUAAUUCAAGAAUAAGACAUUCUAAAAUGUAUAUCUCUUCAUAAUAAUCGGACACAUUUUUGGGUAUUUAUUUGAUGUUCAACGUAGUAUAACAGACUGAACCAUAUUACUUACAUACACCUUACAUUGAGACUAGGUGGUGCCAGAGUGUCAAGUCAUUAAGCAGGAUAUCACAUGGACAUUUUUUCUUUGAAAAGCACAUUCCUUCAGUAGUUCCUCAACUCCUACUUUGGAUAAAAUAUCAUACUUUUUGUCUGUAAAUUAGCAGGAAGCUAGAGGACUUCUAGACACCCACAAAAGCGUUUGGACAAAUGGGCAGCUCGGUAGUGUAAUGCUGUGACAGCACCACUGACCUAGAGCAACACACACCAUGUGCUGCUGAAGGAACUUGGCAGCUCAGAGAGCAUCUAUGGAAAGGAAUAAACAGUCAAUGUUUCGGCUUGAGAAUCUUCAUCAGGACUGGAAAGGAAGGGGGCAAGAAGCCAGAAUAAGAAGGUGGAGGGAGGGGUAGGAGUACAAGCUAUAAGGUGACGGGUGAAGCUAGGAGGGUGAAGAAGGGUGGCGGGGGAAUGAAGUAAGAAGCUGGAAGGUGAUAGGUGAAAAGGAUAAAGGUCUGAAGAAGUAUUCUGAUAGGAGAAGAGAGUGGAGCAAUGGGAGAAAGAGAAGGAGGAGGGCCACUGGGGGAGAUAACAGGCAGGUGAGGAGAAGAGAAGAGCGAGAGUGGGGAAUGGAAGAUGUGGGAAGGGGGAGGGGAAGAAUUAACGGAAGUUAGAGAACCAAUGACCCAGAUUCAAUUCCCACUACAGUCUGUACGGAGCUUUACGUUCUCCCUGUCGCUGCGUGAGCUUCCUCCGACCUUCAAAGGACAUACGGGUUUGUGGUUUAAUUGGCCACAUGGGUGUAACCGGGAAGCAAGGACACAUUGGGCCAGCAGGGCCUGUCACAAUGCCGUUUCUCUGAAAUAAAAAGGCAACUAAAAAAAGCAGUCAGGGGAGAAUGGAUGAAAUAUGAAGGCAAGCUACCAAUAAUGUAAAAGAAAAUACCAACAGCUCUUUCAGACAGAUGAAGAGUAAAAGGGAGGUAAGAGUGAACAUUGGGCUGCUGGAAAAUGGCAAACAAACUGAGUAAGUGGUUUGUGCAAAACAUACAAAAUGCUGGAGGAACCGAGCAAGUCAGGCAACAUCAAUGGAAAUGAAUAAACGGUCGAUGUUUUGGGUUGAAGUCCUGAUGAAGGUCCAGACCUGAAACGCCUGACCUGCUGAGUUCCUCCAGCAUUUUGUGUGUUUUGUUCUAGGUUUCCAGCAUUUGUGUCAGUCUUCACUGUGGAAGGCACCAGACACCAGAAAAUCUAGAGAUACGCCAUGGGGUGGGGGGCAGAUUUGAGUGCAGUCAUUAUUACUAAGGACAAAAUCUUGGAAAAGUUGGAAGUCUUAAGGUUGAAUAAGUCACCUGGAUUGGACAGACUCCACUACAGGGUUCUAAAAGAGGUAUCUGAAGAGAUUGUGGAGUUAUUAGUUGUGAUAUUUCAACAAUCACUGGAGACAGGAAUGGUUCUGAAGGACUGGAAA